AUGACAUUUCCUUUGUGACGUCUUUCUAUAAUUUUCAGGCUUUUUCAUAAGUUUUGAUUGAAAAUCAAUGAAACAUGUUUGCUUUUCAUUAUUUUUGUUAAUAAAGUGUAAUAAACAAACCUGAACAUGGAUACACCCGGUGAAUACGAAGAGAGCGACUUCCCUAUUUGGCAGGAACCGCGGUGCGAACCCUUAGGAGCACCCAAAGAAACACUAUGCGACGAAAACAACUCUGAUCAGGCCCACGGAGACAGACUACAUGCUUUGGAAGAAGAACAGGAAAUCCUAUCAUCAUCUGUUUUCUCCCUAACAUCGCAUCUUGCUCAGGUAGAGUUCCGAUUGAGGCAAAUUUUAAAAGCCCCGCCAGACGAAAAAGAUGAAAUGUUGAAAGCUCUUGAAGAGUUUACUUCACGAGGAGUUCACGAUUCUCGGGCCGCCCCUCAGGGCAGUUCGGGCGACGCGUCUUGCACCGAAUGUGUUGAGUUAGAAAGGAAAAUAUCACGCCAACGUACCAAACAAGCACACUUCAUAGACAGACUUAAAGUACAAUUAAAGGAAUUGGAACGAUUUGCUGCAAACCCGACUUCCACAUGCGAUAGUAAACACAGAACAUUAAUUGAUCAUUUACGCACUGAAAUAGAUCAGAACCUUGAAGAGGGAUGUCACCAACCGCUCACUGCUGAAGAGCUCAGGCAUCAAAUUAACUGUGCUGUCAGACAGUAUGCAGACAGACAACUAUCGAAAGAUGAAAUCAUAAGCAAACUGCAAGCUCACAUUGAAGACAUGCAGAAAUUCAUCAAACUAAUGAAAAAUGAAGAACUGAAGAAUACUAAAGUUACAUCAGAAGCAAAAAAUGUUGGAAAAUCUGAAAAAUUUGACAAAACCUUCAGUAAAAGCAAAAGUAAUGAUGAUUUGAGAGCAGAAACCAUAAACUUAAUGAGGAAAGCAUCAACACUGAUCCAAAUUUUUACAGUAUCACAGUUUGGUUGCUCGCCCAAUACCAACAGGAGACAUGAAGGCAAGUCCUCAACUAUUGUUACACACUGGGGCAAUUUGCGUGCAAGACUGGAGAUGUCAGUUGAUGGGGUACUCCACUUAGUUUCCCGUGACAGACCAUCUCACAACAUGGUAGAUAGCUAUGACAGUGAGUCUGAAGAAGGUGGUAUUGUCAUAAAUGAUGCUCCACUAACUACUGCAGUCCGCAGACACCUUGCCAUCAACUUGCGAGACCUUCUACACCAUGGACUGACUGGCCCUGAAUCAACCUCUCUUGUUCCUAUUAUUGGAUGUUUUCCUGUACGCAGAUCUUCUUCAUCCAGAGCUACACAUAUCUGGGAGGUGAUUCUUCGAUACUAUGACUUAAAUGAUGGUGAUAGAUUUAAUUCCACUCCAGCAAGGAAGUUAAGUCAAAGUUUUAACCUUGAUAUUGUAGGAGGAACAGCUAUAACUAAUAAACAAAGUCUGUUGAGUGCUAUCGGCAGCAUUGUGGCAUCCCAUACACCAUACAAAAGAAGUUAUGAUGCUCAUUUUAAAGCUUUUGUUUGUGCAGCAUUGAAUGCUCAUAAGUUGGUCAUCUGGCUGAAUAUUAUUUUGAAAAGCAGAUCCUUGAUUGAUGCUUACUAUUCAUCCACUAGCUAUGUGGUUAACACUGGAUUCCAAGAUGCCCUACAAAGUCUAGAUCGCUUAACUCCAUAUAAUUUUGAUCUACCUGUUGACCUUGCUGUUAAGCAGUUUCAGAAUAUCAAAGAUGUAUUUAUGUAAUUAAGUAAUUUUAUAAGAGUACAAUUUUAUACAUAAUGUAUAUUUGAAUACUGUUUCUGCAUGUGACAAGAGGCUACAGAAAAUGUACCAAAUCUAGUCUGAUUAUUGUAAUGUUACAAAACAAUGUCACUGUCUCCCACCUUGGAAAUGUUGUCAUCCAAUUUUAUAUAAGUUGUAGAUAAUGAUUGUAGCUUCUUGUUACAUUUUGGAAAGCAGGCUUAUGAUGCCUUCCACAAUAUCAAACCAUGCUGUAUGCAUAUACUGUAGUUGAUCUAGUCUAAUCAGUAAUUAGUCCUACUUCAGA